AUGCGCAAUUACAAGAUUGAACAGAAACAAGAGAAAGAAAGCAUCGGACGACUCCGUGGAUUCAUAGCAGGAGUUGCGUCCGGUGUGACAAAACUGACCGUUGGCCAUCCAUUUGAUACGAUAAAGAUACGACUACAGAAUUCAGGAUUAGAUGGAAGAUUCAGUGGACCGCUGCACUGUUUAAAGACCACAAUACAAAAAGAGGGCUUUCGUGCACUUUAUAAAGGAGCUUCACCACCAUUAGUAGGAUGGGUAUUUAUGGACUCGUUGAUGUUAGGAUCCUUGCAUAAUUAUCGUCUGCUAUUACAACGAAAUGACCCGACGAUAAAAUUAAAUUUAUUUCAGCACGCGUUGGCCGGAGCUGGUGCGGGUUGGACCGUAUCAAUUAUCGCCACACCUAUAGAACAAAUAAAAACAAGAUUACAAGUGCAAUACGAUCAAUCUACAAAAGUUUACUCUGGUCCAAUUGACUGUGCAAGGAAACUAAUACGAAAUAACGGUAUUCCUGGAUUAUGGAUUGGGUUUAUAGGAACUUUAGCAUUCAGAUCAUGGUUUUGCGUUUAUUGGGGAUCUUAUGAAGUAUAUUCAAGAUGGCUUCGAAGAUACAACAUGAAUGAAAUGAUGGUCAAUUUUUUGGCGGGUGGAUUAAGCGCUAAUACUUUUUGGUGCGUCUCUUUUCCUAUUGAUUCGGUUAAAAAUAGAUUCAUGACACAACCAGAUGUAAAACCUUUACGUUUCCCAAAUCUGCGUAGUAUAGCUAGGCACAUGUAUCAAACGGAGGGAAUAAAUGGGUUUUAUCGAGGUUUUCUACCAUGUAUACUUCGAUCAUUUCCUACCAAUGCAUCUGCUAUUUUGGUAUUUGAAACAACAAUGAGAUCCUUAAAAGAUUUUUAA